AUAAGUGAAUUUAUGAAAGGCGUUGAUAGCGGUCCUCCGUACUUAAUAGUACCAGUAACGGGCAGUGGUGUUGAGACCGAUCUUGCCAUAGAUCAUGCAACCGGUGAAAUACGGACAAAAGUGCAUUUAGAUCGUGAAACGCGUGCAUCGUACAGUUUAGUCGCCAUACCGUUAAGUGGUGAAAAUACACGUUUUGUGAUUCGAGUGCUCGAUGAAAAUGAUAAUGCACCCACAUUUCCGACGCCGAUUAUGAAUAUUGAAUUUCCUGAAAACACACCUCGUGAUGUGAAAAGAACGUUGAAUCCGGCGCGUGAUCUUGAUCUCGGACGUUAUAAUACACAGCGUUAUAAUAUAGUGUCGGGUAAUGUAAAUAAUGCGUUUCGUUUGUCAUCGCAUCGCGAACGUGAUGGUGUCUUGUAUCUGGACUUGCAAAUAAAUGGUUUUCUCGAUCGCGAAACGACGCCGGCAUAUAGUUUAGUGAUUGAAGCACUUGAUGGCGGCAAUCCACCGUUACGUGGACAAAUGACUGUUAAUAUAACGAUACAAGAUGUGAACGACAAUCAGCCAAUUUUUAAUCAAAGCCGCUACUUUGCCACAGUACCUGAAAAUGCAACCGUUGGUACUAGUGUACUUCAAGUAUAUGCCUCCGAUACUGAUGCAGAUGAAAAUGGUUUAGUUGAAUAUGCUAUCAAUCGACGUCAGAGUGAUAAAGAACUUAUGUUUCGCAUUGAUCCGCAAACAGGUCUAAUAUCGGUGAAUAAACCUUUGGAUUUUGAAACAAAGGAGUUACAUGAAUUGGUGGUUGUAGCUAAGGAUCAUGGAGAACAACCGCUGGAAACCACAGCGUUUGUAUCGAUACGUGUAACUGACGUUAAUGACAACCAACCGACAAUUAAUGUUAUAUUUCUAAGCGAUGAUGCUACACCAAAAAUAUCUGAAUCUGCUGAGCCAGGAGAAUUUGUGGCACGCAUAUCUGUCAAUGAUCCCGAUUCGAAAACAGAAUAUUCAAAUGUAAAUGUAACCUUAAAUGGUGGUGAUGGACAUUUUGGUCUUACCACGAGGGACAACAUUAUAUAUUUAGUAAUCGUAUCGAAGCCCUUAGAUCGGGAAUCCCAACCUAAUUAUACACUUAGUGUUAUUGCUACAGAUAAUGGCACACCGCCAUUGCAUGCUUCAAAGACUAUUUAUUUGCGUGUUACCGAUAUUAAUGAUAAUGCACCAGAAUUUGAAAGAGAAGUGUAUCAUGCGAAUGUUAUGGAAGUAGCAGAUCCUGGCACUUCUGUACUGCAAGUGGUGGCAUAUGAUCGUGAUGAAGGUAAUAACUCGGCUAUUAUAUAUGCGCUUUCAGAUACGCCAGAAACACAUUCGCAAUGGUUUCAAAUAGAUGCGUAUACGGGAUUGAUUACAACGAGUAUGCAUAUCGAUUGCGAGACCGAACCAGUACCACAGUUGUUGAUCGUAGCUAAGGAUAACGGACAUCCACCGCUUUCAUCAACUGCAACUGUACUUGUCACCAUACACGAUGUUAACGAUAACGAACCGAUUUUCGAUCAGAGCUUUUAUAAUGUUUCUGUGGCAGAAAAUGAACCUGUCGGAAGAUGUAUUUUAAAGGUGUCAGCAAGUGAUCCAGACUGCGGUGUUAACGCAAUGGUUAACUAUACCUUGGGUGAAGGUAUUAAACAUAUGAAAGAAUUCGAAGUGCGUUCAUCAUCUGGCGAAAUAUGUAUUUCUGGAGAACUUGACUAUGAAAAACGUAAUUCUUACGAGUUCCCCGUGAUUGCAACCGAUCGAGGUGGUCUAAGUACAACGGCUAUGGUUAAAAUACAAUUGACUGAUGUUAAUGAUAAUCGCCCAAUUUUCUAUCCACGCGAAUAUAACGUUUCGCUACGUGAAACAUCGAGCGCUACCGCAUCCACUAUACCUAUUGUUUCUGUUGUUGCAACAGAUCCAGAUUCAGGUCGUUUUGGUACGGUUUCAUAUCGCAUUGUGUCCGGCAAUGAGGCUGGCAUAUUUCGUAUUGAUCGUGCAACUGGUGAAAUAUUCAUCAAUCGUCCAAAUAUGCUAUCGGGCCGCACACAACCCAUGCACAUGCUCAACAUAUCGGCCAGUGAUGGCGGUGGCCUACGUACCUCAAUGGAUGCAGUCGUAUUUCUAAGCAUAAUCGAUGCAACACAAAGACCACCAAUAUUCGAGAAACCACGUUACAAUUAUUACGUAAAAGAGGAUGUGCCACGCGGUACGGUGGUGGGUGCUGUGCUGGCAACCAGCAGCGAUUCAGCAAGCCGUAACGCCGUACGUUAUUCCAUCUACUCUGGUGAUCCUGAUGGAUAUUUCAAUAUUGAUCCAGUAUCUGGUAAUAUACGUAUAGCAAAUCCAUUGGAUCACGAAAUGAAAUCACAAGUGUUACUUAAUAUACAAGCAACUAGCGGAGAACCACCUGUGUAUGGACACACUCAGGUCAACAUUGACAUUGAAGAUGUGAACGAUAAUGCGCCAGAAUUCGAGACUAGCAUGGUACGUAUAUCUGUGCCAGAGAAUGUUGAGUUGGGUACACCUCUAUAUGCUGCACAUGCAAAUGAUAAGGACUCCGGCAAGAGUGGUGAAGUAACAUACAGUUUAACAAUGCUGACAGAGCAAAUACCAACCAAUGCCACAGUAGGAACACAUUUAAUGUCAUACCAACAGCAACUACAGCAGCAACAGUCAAACAGUUUAACCACAUCAACAACACUUGCACUGGGAAAUGGUAAUCGUCCCUAUGCAGCGGCUGCAAUUGGUAUGGCAACUGCAGGCACUGGCAGUGGUACUGGCACUUCAAGUGUAACUAGCGCUUCUGCUAUUGCAGCCACUGCAUCUGCAUAUGCAAUGCGUUCAUAUAUGACAGCGGCGGUGCCCAGCAGUGCGACUUCUGCAAUUGUUGCCUUGCAGCAAAAUCUAUUUGCAAUCGAUGCACGUUCAGGCCACCUAACAUUGUCACGACAUUUGGACUAUGAGACAUCACAGCGACAUUCGUUAAUUGUCACUGCCACAGAUGCCGGUGUACCGCCUUUAUCUGCAAAUUUAACAAUAUUAGUUGAGGUACAGGAUGUCAAUGAUAAUCCACCGAUAUUCGAACGAAAUGAAUAUACGGUGAAGGUGUUGGAAUCGUUGCCAAUUAAUUCUCAGAUACUGCAAGUCACAGCUGUCGAUUCGGAUACCGGAAACAACGCACGCAUUACAUAUCGCAUUGUCAACAAUAACAGCAGCAUUGCGCAAUUGUUUGGUAUUUUUCCGAAUAGUGGUUGGAUUUAUUUACGUGGUCCACUUGAUCGAGAGACUCGCGAUCACUAUGAACUGAUCGUUAUGGCCAGCGAUAACGGCACUCCCGCUGCACAUGCCCGUACGCGUGUAAUCGUCAAUAUCUUAGAUACUAAUGAUAAUGAUCCACAGUUUUUGCGUGACGCAUAUGAGUUUGCUAUUGAGGAGAAUAUGCGACGUGGUUCACUAGUCGGUGUUAUAGGUGCUACUGACUUAGAUCUGGAUGAGAAUGCUGCCAUUCGUUAUAGUCUCAUACCAACAAAUUCGAGUUUUCAAGUGAAUCCUGUAACAGGUGAAAUUAUAACGCGUGAACCGCUUGAUCGUGAAAUGCGUGCACUGUAUGAUUUGGUAGCGGAGGCGCGAGAUCAGGGCACACCCUAUCGCAGUGCACGUGUAUCGGUUAAGGUGCAUAUAACUGACGUCAAUGACAAUGCACCGGACAUAGUCGAUCCGCAAGAGGAUGUUGUUAGUGUACGCGAAGAACAGCCGCCUGGCACUGAAGUGGUGCGCAUACGUGCUAUCGAUCGUGAUAAUGGUCAGAAUGCAUCGAUCACUUAUUCCAUACUGAAGGGUCGUGAUUCAGAUGGUUUUGGACUAUUUAGCAUAGAUGCCAAUACGGGUGUAAUUCGCACGCGGGUCGUGUUGGAUCAUGAGGAGCGCAGUAUUUAUCGUUUGGCUGUCGCGGCUACAGAUGGUGGUAAUCCACCAAAGCAGUCAAUACGUUUGCUGCGUGUUGAAGUAUUGGACUUAAAUGACAAUCGACCAACGUUCACUAGUUCGAGUUUGGUAUUUCGGGUGCGUGAAGAUGUAAAUGUAGGUCAUAUUGUUGGCUCGAUAGGACCGAACGAACGCAUAGAACAAGCAAAUGUCAUCACUAAUGAUGAAAAUCUGCAUAUAACCUAUACACUGACAUCGCUAACAAAAGACAGUAUUGAAGGUGCAUUCGAUAUUGAUCGUCAUACUGGUUCAUUAGUGGUCGCAAGAAAGUUGGAUCGCGAACUGCAAGCCGAAUAUCGUUUGGAGGUACGUGCACUGGACACCAGCGCCAGUAAUAAUCCACAAAGUAGUGCAAUAACAGUAAAAGUUGAAAUUGCUGAUGUAAAUGACAAUGCGCCCAAAUGGGCUAUCGAUCCGAUUAUUAUAAAUGUCAGCGAAGACACCGAACCGGGUACAAUAAUUUAUAAUUUUACAGCCACCGACGCGGACACCGGUACAAACGGUGAAUUGCAGUACAAGCUGUUACCGACACUACUUUUUGCUGUGGACGCACUUACUGGCACAUUAACAUUGCUCGCACCUUUGGAUUAUGAAACAAUCAAUGAGUAUAUGCUCAUCGUGCAGGCACUCGAUCAAUCUUCCAACAUUACUGAACGUUUAUUGACCACAGUGACGGCGGUGCUGAAAGUUGUCGAUACGAACGACAAUGAGCCGCAAUUUGUAUCACCAACAGCAGCACAAAAUAGCAAUGCAGCUACAGCUUCGAUGCCAUCGGCUACUGUUUAUUUAAGUGAUGCUGUGCGAAUUGGUGAAACUAUUACACACAUUGUUGCCAUUGACAAGGACUCCGGCGAUAAUGGCCGCAUCGAGUACGCAAUUGUUAGCGGUAAUGAGAAUGGACGCUUUCGCAUAAACAGCUUAACUGGUUACAUUGAGUUGGCCAAAUCAUUGCCACCUAUUGCGCAUAGUGCAAAUGGUGUGGCAACUACGGCUGAUCCAACACAUGCUCAUACGCAUUUUAAUCAAAAUGUUUAUAAUUUGGUUAUCAGCGCUAGCGAUAACGGCAGUCCAGCACCCAGACAAUCGCUACUAAACCUACAAUUAUUAGUGCAAGGGACUACAAGUAAUCCGCCGCGUUUUUUGCAAGUCACCUACUAUGCGAACAUUUCUGAGAAUGCACAAUCCGGCAGUUUUGUUACGCAAGUUGUUGCAAAAUCCUUCAACAGUGGUGACAAUGCAAAUCUCACAUAUGAGAUACCAACAGGUGUCGCCGAGAAUCACUUUCAAGUUGACGCACAACGUGGAAUUGUCACCACACGCGGGCAAUUUGAUCGCGAAACAAAAGCCCGCUAUACGAUACCGAUUUACGUAUACGAUAGCAAACAAUUUGACAUUGCAACGAUUAUCAUUACGAUCAAUGACGUUAAUGAUCAUGCGCCCGAAUUUCGCCCCGGUUCAUGUUAUUCACUUUCGGUACCAGAAAAUAGUGAUUUGGCUGUUAUACACACUGUUAUUGCCACAGAUCCUGAUGAAGGUGCAAAUGGUGAAAUUAUUUACAGCAUAUCAGGUGGUAACCUCGGCAACAAAUUCAGCAUUGAUAUGCACUCUGGUAAAUUGACUGCGCGCUCAUUAGAUCGUGAACAGCAUUCACGUUACUUGCUGCAGAUUCAAGCGCAAGAUCGUGGCUCACCAAUCAGCUAUCAGGGACAUUGUAAUAUCACGAUAAUUGUCGAGGAUCAAAAUGACAAUGAUCCGCGUUUCGAGCAAACAAAGUAUGUGGUUAACAUAGCCGAGGAUAUGCCGGUUGGUGCCAGCGUUUUGCGCAUCAAAGCAACUGACGCGGAUCUUGGCAUUAAUGCGCGUUUAGUCUAUUCUCUGGCUAAUGAGACACAGUGGCUGUUCGCUAUUGACAAUAAGAGCGGUCUCAUCACGACAGUUGGUCCACUCGAUCGUGAGCGGCAGCACAUUUACAAUUUUAUGGUUGUUGCCACCGAUGGCGGCCGUUAUGACUCACGUUCAGCACGCGUGCCAGUACAAAUCAUCAUAGACGAUGUGAACGAUAACAAGCCGAUAUUCGAAAGUUAUCCUUUUCGCGCACAAGUACCAGCUUUAAUACAACCCGGUCAAACACUCUUGCAGGUCAGCGCGAGUGAUAUCGAUCUUGGCAUGAAUGGAGAAGUGUUGUACUCGUUGGGCGACACAGAUGAUAUAGCGAUGCGUAACAAAUUUCGUAUUAAUCCAAAUACAGGCGUUGUAAGCGCCACACAAAGUCUAGCCAGGGAGUCGGGUCGUCUGUUGCACCUUGCCGUACACGCACACGACAAGGGAAAUCCGGCACAAAGUUCAAUCGGCUUGAUAGAGCUACGAAUUGGUGAAAUGCCGGCGGGCGCACCAAUCUUAAGUUUCCAGAAUGAUACAUAUCGCGUGAAGUUGCGUGAAAAUAUCAAAACUGGCACGCAUGUACUGCAGGUGAAUGCAAUACGGAACGAUGGACGACGACAGAAGCUGAUCUAUGCAUUUGGUGCGGGUAAUGAAGAUGCCGCUUUAGCAGUUGAUGCUGCCACCGGUGAGAUCAAAGUAAAUAAUGCUGCAGAACUCGACUAUGAACGUUAUGUUGGUGUUGGAAUUGAUGGAAUGUCGUUUGCUGGCGCAUAUCGUGGUCGCGCCAUGAACUACGUUGACACUAUUGAUGUGAAUACAGCAAGUAUUGCUGUUGGGCCAAUUGCUGGCGUUGUCCAACUUAAAGAAUUUGACAACUCAAGUAACUUAACCGCCAACAAGCAACAACGUAGCAAUCGUGAAUUACAGGACAACGCUGGUAACGCAAUGUCGUCGGCAUAUACUGAAGCACCUGUGCAACCACAUGAAAUGCGUUUUGUGCUUGUUGCACAUACGGAAGGCACACCGCAACUGUAUAGCUAUGCUGACUUGAUCAUUGAACUAGAGGAUGAGAAUGACAAUAGUCCACACUUCACGCAACAGCAAUAUUCGGCGACAGUGUGGGAGGGCAACAACAAGGGUACAUUCGUCAUACAAGUGAACGCAUUUGAUGCGGAUGCUGGUGCGAACUCGCGCAUUUUAUACCACAUUGUCGACGGUAAUCAUGACAACGCGUUUGUCAUUGAGCCAGCAUUCAGCGGCAUUGUCAAGACGAAUAUUGUGCUCGAUCGCGAGAUCCGUGACACGUAUAAACUAAAGGUAAUCGCAACGGAUGAGGGGGUGCCACAGAUGACAGGCACUGCAACGAUACGUGUACACAUUGUGGACGUAAACGAUAAUCAACCAACAUUUCCACCACACAGUGUGAUUAGCGUGAGUGAAGGUACUGAAUUAGGCACUGUCAUUACCACAAUAUCGGCCAACGAUGUAGAUACUUAUCCUGCGCUCACAUAUCGAUUUGGUGCUGAUUUAGCGGAUAAUCAACAAUACUUCUCAGCCACCUCCACGUCUGGCAGCUCCGCAAACAAUAAGUCCAUAUUUGCCAUUGAUCGUUACAGUGGCAAAAUUAUAUUAAAACGUCAGCUGGACUAUGAACAGCAACAGGAAUAUCAAUUGGAAAUAAUUGCUUCGGAUGCAGCGCAUGAGGCGCGCACUACACUAACAGUACGCGUCGGCGAUGAAAACGAUAAUGCGCCGCAAUUCCAGGCACAACAGCCACCAGCAUACUUCGCCGCAUUGCCUGAUCAAUAUAUGCACACUACCAUUACAACUGAUAUAGAGCUUAUCACAGUAAAUGCCACAGAUGCAGACGCCGAGGGUCGUAAUUCCCAAAUACACUACAGCAUUGACCCUGCAGUACCAGGAUUCAGUAUACACGAAGUUAGUGGUACAGUUUAUGUUAAUACUAGUCGUUUGGCAAAUGUUAUUGGUAACAGUGGUCGUGAUGAUUUAUAUGUUUUGAUUGUGGCACAGGAUAGCGGUUUGCCGCCACUAAAAAGCUCCACUGUACUACGAGUGCAAACUAGCGCACAUGGCAGUGGACGCGCACAAUUCCUACAGACUCAGUAUCGUGCACAAAUCAAUGAAGCUGCCGAUUUAGGCACUGCCGUACUUCGAUUUAGUCAGGAUGUGCUGGAUGCAAAUUUCAACUUUGGUGUUGGCAAUCUUAUGUUUAACAUUGUUUCCGGUAACGAAGAUCAUUACUUUGAAGUUUAUCAAUCAACCGCGAUUAUACUUGUCAAACAAUUGGAUCGUGAAAGUAAUGAUCUCUUUAAGUUGCGACUUGUCAUGACCGAUCAACACGCUUCACCACAACAGUUGCUGACUCAAUCGGCAGACAAUUCCACUGCAGCCAUCAAUGUUUUCAUUACUGUGGACGAUACAAAUGACAAUGUCCCCGUCUUUGAACAAAAUUCCAAAUAUGAAGCCGAAAUAAGUGAAUUAGCACCAUUGCGUUAUUCCAUAGCCAAGCUUGUUGCAGUUGAUGCCGACCAAGAGAACACACCCAAUUCAGAAGUUGUUUACGAAAUCACUUCCGGAAAUGAUGAGGGCAUGUUCACCAUUGACUUAGUGUCCGGUGUGCUCUUUGUUAACAAUAAGUUAGAUUACGAUACUGGUGCCAUGCACUACGAUUUAAUAAUACGUGCGUGUGACAGUGCACCUUUGCCACUAUGCAGUCUUCAAGCAUUCCAUAUAUCACUGCGCGAUGAGAACGACAAUAUACCACACUUUCCGGUUAGCGAAUAUAUUGAAUUUGUGGGCGAAAAUGAACCGGUUGGUACUAGUAUUUUUACCGCACGUGCUACAGACCUCGAUCGAGGCACUUUCGGCCAUCUUAACUAUAGCGUGGAUCAUGAAGCUGUUGGCUUAGAUGAUGUAUCCUGGAAACUGUUUCGAGUUGACGUGCAAACUGGAAUAAUUACCACAAAUGCCGUUUUCGACUAUGAGCAACGACGACGCUAUGAUUUUACUCUACGCAGCAUGGACACAGGCGGCAAAAUGACAACUGUGAAAGUACGCAUACAAAUCGAGUCUAAGGAUGAAUAUGCUCCACAAUUUACCGAACGUACAUAUCGCUUCGUCAUGCCUUCACCAUCUACUGGUUAUCUGCCGUUGGGUUAUGUAGUUGGACAAGUUAUGGCUACUGAUCGUGACAAAGGCCCGGACGGUAGAGUAGUAUACCAAUUAAGUUCACAACAUGCAUAUUUCAAGGUAAAUCGCACUACUGGCGCAGUUGUUAUUAAGAAGAAAUUAGAUGACAACUUUGAUGAUGGGCGAGACAUCAGUUUAGUCAUAACGGCAAGUUCGGGUAGACAAGGUUCUCUCACUAAUAUGACAGUAGUAGAAAUAUCCCUCGAUCCUUUAGCAGAUCCUGGCACAAAUUUAGCUAGCAGUGGUGGUGUAACUGGCGGCGGUAUAACUGAUUGGGCACUGGGCUUGCUUAUAGCAUUUUUAUUAGUGCUUUGUGCUGCAGCAGGUAUUUUUCUUUUUGUACACAUGCGGAGCCGUAAGCCUCGGAAUGUUAGUAAACCGCAUCUUAGCACUGAAACUGUGGGCAAUUCAAAUAGCUAUGUGGAUCCAAGCGCUUUUGAUACAAUACCCAUACGUGGUGGGGUUAGUAGUGUUGGUGGCAAUGGUAACGGUGGCGGUGUUCCAGCUACAGCAGCUGGUCAAUUUGCUCCACCAAAAUAUGAUGAAAUACCACCUUAUGGCGCACAUGCAGCUAGUUCAAAUUCCGGUGCUGCCACUACUUCAGAAUUGUCAGGUUCAGAACAAUCUGGCUCUAGUGGACGAGGUUCUGCAGAGGAUGACGGCGAAGACGAAGAAAUACGCAUGAUAAAUGAAGGCCCACUACAUCAUCGUGGUGGUGCAAGUGGGGGUGGCAGCGAUGAUGGACGCAUAUCUGAUAUUUCAGUACAAAAUACGCAAGAAUAUCUAGCACGUCUUGGUAUUGUUGACAGAGAUGCCAAUCCAAAUGGUGCAGCUUCAAACUCAUCACGUCGUUGUUCAGAUAGCAUAGGUGGUUCAAAUAAAGAUUCGCAUAUGCAUCAUCCAAUGCCAAUGGUAGAUACGCUGCAUAUGUUCGACGAGGAUGCUGCGGCUGAAUCUGAUUUAACAAAUUUAAUAUAUGCCAAAUUAAAUGACGUUACUGGUGCGGCUUCAGAUCGAGUUGGUAGCGGCAAUGUGGGUCCUUCUAUGAAUGGCUCACUUAGCUCUAUUGUUCAUAGUGAAGAGGAAUUAACGGGCAGUUAUAAUUGGGACUAUUUACUGGAUUGGGGUCCACAAUAUCAACCAUUAGCGCAUGUGUUUUCAGAAAUCGCACGACUGAAAGAUGAUACGAUGUCUGUACAUAGCGGUAACAGUGGUGCUUCAUCAAGUGUUAAAAGCAAACAAUCAUUAGCGCAUUCAGUUGGUAGUAUUAAGCCUCAUAUACCACCGCCACUGCUCACAAAUGUAGCACCACGCUCCAUUAAUAUGCCAGUAUUAGCCAUUGGCGGCCCACAAUAUAUGCUGCCACGUUCACCAAUUAGUCAUGAUGCACCGGGAGGUUUUAGCACAUCUUCGGCCAUGUCACCAUCAUUUUCACCAUCGCUUUCACCAUUAGCAACUCGUUCACCUUCAAUUUCACCACUCGGUGGUGUGCCAGCGGGUCAUCCAAUGGUGUCACUACCGCGUCAUCCACCACAACCAACACAGCGAGGUAAAAAUAUGGUCGCCGAACAAGAUAUACGAGUACGUAUGUAA